AUGUAUCUAGUCGGUUGGUGUCGUGUGUACGUCCUUGCCAUCAAUCGAUCGAUGUUCAUCUCUAAUAAAACUUUCUUCUUAGGUGACGUGUUAAUCUUUCUCAAUGACACCAAUAUCAUCAAACCGCCUGUCGCAUUAUCGAUUGAUCGUGUCAAAUCUGAAUUUACGGCUUUACGCCGACAGAACAAGACAAUUCAAAUCGGUAUCUGUCGUUGUGCAGAUCGUUCGGUGUUUAACAACGCCACGGUUCAGCAUUUAGGUUCGUUAACAUUACAUGAAUUCGAAAACUUGUCUCGUCGUGAAGAAUCAAACGAUACGCAGACAUCAACAGCAAUUGUACAUAGUGAAUCAAAGAAGCUUUUGAGUUUAUUUUCAAAUAAAAAGAAAUCGUUUUCGAUCAAAAAACGCAAAUCAAUUCCGAAGAAAACAAAUGAAACGGAUCAAAACAAAAUUUUAACAGUGAAAAAUAAUGAAGAUCGACCAUUAGUCAAACAAUCACCAACAGAUCAUGUCGAUAUGCAAUCAAACAGAGAAAGCGGUUUAAAUAAAUUAGCACAGAAGUUGGGUCCAGUACAUCAAAAUCCAUCAACACAAAUUCUCACGGAUGCCUGUUUCAUUUAUCGCCGUCAAAUUGUUAAACGACCUGACACCAAUGCCAUGAUUCUUCGUGGCCGUGAAAUCGCCCACGAAGCAGCGAAUUCUCCCGUUCUCCCAUUGUCCAUGCCUAGUUACAGUCACGAUCAAAUUCGUGAGUUAUACGGUGAGAUCGAUAGGAAAACACGUCGUUUGCAAGAAAACCAGUACAUUUUCCAUACACCUAUGAUUGACGCUUGGAAUGAAACACCGCCGUGGAGUUUAUCAUCCACAUCAUCGUUGAAUCAAAAUCAAUGUCCGCUACCAAAAUUUCGUCUUGAUAAGAAUGAUCAAACACUAUUUAUGGCAACAUUUCUGUCGACAGGUUUAAGUAAUCGUCCAACACCUUCGAGUUCCAAUGAGAAGGAUGCUAUUCGAGGUAGUUUUCGAACAUCAGUUGGCGAACGAACGAGUGUUAGUCCAUCACCUCUGUUACUCAACGUUCGUUUUGAUUAUAACAAAGUAAACUCAACAGAGAUGACAUCGAAAGAUGAAACAUCACUUUUCGAUGAUAUCCAACAGAAAAUCUCCAUGGAGAAAGCAAGUGAUAUCAUUUCAGCAUUCGAUCUGGAUUUCUUACAACAAAACGCUUCGAAACCAUCCACCAAACCAACAAAUGAUGUCAAUUCAUCAUCACCAAAACUCGAGCCACUAGCCAUCAAAGCAGAUGACGAUACUAUCGAUAUCGACAGUUUGAUCGAUGUCGACGAACAAGCUGCGCUGACUUAUCAUAUGGACAAAGAAUCUUCGAUCGAUACCGAACUUCAUUCGCUAUUUUCUGUGCCAAAUCCAGCAACAACUUGCAUUCAUCCUCAAACAAUCGAUUCCCAUGAAAUCGUCAAACAGGAUGAUCGAAUGAAGACCAUCACAUCACCGGAUGAUAGUUGUUACCACGAUGCACUAACAUCAUCGAUUCAAUCGAGUAUAUUUUCGGAUAAUUUCUUCGAACAAAUUGAAACACUCAAUCAUAUCAAUAAAAUACAAGAGUUAGAGUCAUUAGACGUCGACGAGUCGAAAACGUCAUGUGAAAUCAACCAAAAUCCUGCUUGUUUAUAUCACUUAGUGUUUUCGUAUGAUGAACAACUGAUUGAGGAACAAGACGAUGGCGUGAUCAAUGCGGAAAGUGUAUUGAAUUUAACUCAGGAUAGAUCAGUUAUAAAAAGUGAAAAUCCGACGAAUGAUGAGAAUAAUUACCGGCAAAUAACAAGUGAUAUCGAUGAAGAUUUCGAAGAAUUAUAUGAACGUUACUUGAUGAAUCUUAGUCAAUAUCAUAAGAUCCUCGAACAAAUCGAAGAAGUGGAACAAAAACAAAAACAAUUGUCGCCAAUCGAUGAAAAUCCGAACGUGAAGGAAUUCAAUUCCAACAAUUUUGAAUUAUCUGUCCAACGGCAAGGCAACCAUAUUGGGCAUUACGGGUUCGAAAUAGACCAAACAGAUGAUGGAAAAAUCAAGAUCUCAUCAAUUAUCGAUUCAACUUAUUGUCCAGAUUUAAAUGUGGGUGAUGAAAUUGUCGGUAUUGAUCAUUUUUCCCCAUUAGCAUCACUUGAACAAUAUCAUUUAUUAUUGAAUUCAUUAUGGCACGAUCAAUGUGAAUAUCUCGAUCUAAUCGUGAAGAAACCAUCGAACAUUCCAACAGGAGCAGUUUGUCAACCGGUACCAUCACAUUCCAAUAUUCUUUCAUGGCCAAUACCAAAAGCAGAGACAGGUAAAACAACUGCGGUUUUUUUUCUCGCCACUCUUAAUAAAAACUCUAUUACCACUUGCCAACCUUGA